CCUGCUUUCCAUGCCACAAUCAUGAAACAGACAAUGAUGAUGAUCUGAGGAACCGUGUUUGUCUCGUGUCUCAUCCAUGAAGAGAAGGAGAAGAAGGGAUCCAAAAUCAGAAGAAAGUUACGAAUUUUCGAGAUGGGUCUGUCCAAGGAGAAUCUGAAAGGUCUCAUACUAGCUUUGGUGUCAAGUGGGUUCAUUGGGGCAAGUUUUAUCAUUAAAAAGCAAGGCCUUAGAAGAGCUGCAGCAGUUUAUGGUGUCAGGGCUGGUGUUGGUGGGUAUUAUUAUCUCUUGGAGCCAUUAUGGUGGGUGGGAAUGAUCACAAUGAUUGCAGGAGAGGUUGCAAACUUUGUUGCAUAUGCGUUUGCUCCUGCAGUCCUAGUUACCCCUCUUGGUGCACUAAGUAUUAUUGUGAGUGCUGUUUUGGCUGACAUUAUUCUGAAAGAGAAGCUACACAAUCUUGGGAUUUUAGGCUGUAUAAUGUGCAUUGCUGGUAGUAUCAUUAUUUUUAUUCAUGCUCCUAAGGAACAACCUAUUACAUCUGUUCUGGAAAUAUGGAAUAUGGCUACUCAACCAGCUUUUCUGGCAUAUGUGGGCUCAGUAAUAGUAUUGGUUUUCAUUCUGGUCUUCCAUUUUGCACCAAGAUGCGGGCAUACGAAUGUGCUAGUUUUUACUGGCAUUUGUUCAUUGAUGGGUUCCCUCUCUGUGAUGAGUGUUAAAGCCCUUGGAACUUCUUUGAAAUUAACUUUUGAAGGGAAAAAUCAGUUAAUCUACCCAGAGACAUGGUUUUUUAUGUUAGUUGUGGCUAUAUGUGUCAUCAUGCAAAUGAAUUAUCUUAAUAAGGCUCUUGACACCUUCAACACAGCAAUUGUAUCUCCUAUAUACUAUGUCAUGUUCACAACACUUACAAUACUAGCCAGUGUAAUAAUGUUUAAGGAUUGGGAUGGCCAAAGUGGUGGAACUAUUGUGUCAGAAAUAUGUGGCUUCAUCGUUGUACUCUCUGGAACAAUAAUGUUGCAUGCGACUAAGGACUUCGAGAGAAGCUCUUCUUUUAGAGGCAGUGCUCCUUCAUCGCCUACGCUAUCUGCCCGACUUUUUACCGGAAAUGGGGACUCAUUACUUAAGCAAGAUGAGGAAAAUGGAUCUCCCGAGAGUAAUAUGUGCUCAAGAAGGCAAGAGUUGUAUUAGAUGGUUAAAGAUCUUAAUUCAUUUAAUUGUAGGGGGAAGGAGAACCCUUCCCUGGAGAAUCUGAAUUAGACCAUAGAAUGAUGGGAGAUUUGUGAAGCCAUUCUUUUAUCUUGAGCAUCUUAGGAAUUUGUCCUCAUAGAUUUUAGUUUUGACUUUGCAAGACGGUUCUGGAACCAAUGCUUUGCAGGGUACAUAAUGUACAGCGUGUCCACAGUUUCUUUUGUCACGAAUGGUUUGUUCACUUGUCAAAAGUAGCUAAUAUGCUUCAAAUAGUUAGAUUGAGAUUAGUUGUAUUUCUGAGGCUCUCUUUACAUGAACCAGAAAAGAAGUGAGUGGGGGAUAGAGAUUAUUAGUUUGUGAAAAUCAUAUGCAUGGUGAUUUUGCUUUGUUUUUCAAUUUUAUUUAUUUGUUUUCUUUGUCAAUUUGGCUUGGCAUAGAGGAUUCAUUUGUGGUUUGUAAGUAAUUAGAUAUGUACAGAAAGCUAAGAGACUUCUCUCUAAAUUUUAGUUUGCUAUGAAUAAGAAAUAUGUUUUCAUUCUUACAUUAA